GAGUACUAAUAAUAGUUUGAUAACAUCUUAAACAAAAUUAAAAAUUUGCAAGUCCAUGAGAAGCAUUCAAAACUAAUUGAUAAUGAUCAUAUAUAUUAAUAAUAACUCCAUAAUGGUUCAUGAAAAGAAUUAUAAUGUAGCUCGCUGAUAAUCAAUCGCAGCCGUUGAUCGUGCCACGUGGCUACUGCGAUAUUCUGAGUCUCUGACAUCAGCAUGCCGUUGGGAUAAAUGAGUCGGCUUCUCCGGUAUAAACACCACCGACGUAUUUGGCGCCCAACUUUAUUUCAGAAUUUUUCUCACACAAUUUCGAGAACGCGCGCAAGAAAUUGAGAGCGAGAGAGCGAGAGAGCGAGAGACCAAGAGCGAGAGAUCGAUUUCGUCAUUUUGUUGCUUACAAUCUCGAACUCCGAUCUCGAGAUGCAGAAAUUAGGGUUUCCGGCGAUGAAGAGCUUGGAUCAACUCCGAUCGUUUUCUGGAUCGGCGAAGACGUACUCCUUCUCCACUCGUCCGCCUCAGGAUUCCGUCUCCUCCGGAAGUUUCUCGAAUUUGAAACUCACUGCAGAGAAACUGGUGAAGGAUCAGGCGGCUAUGAGAACAGAUCUAGAACUGGCGAAUUGUAAGCUGAAAAAGUCACUGGAGCAUGUCUAUGCCUUAGAGGAUAAACUUCAAAACGCUUUUAAUGAGAAUGCUAAGCUCAGAGUUAGGCAAAAGGAAGAUGAGAAGCUUUGGAGAGGAUUGGAAUCUAAGUUCUCUUCAACAAAGACUCUGGGUGAUCAACUUACUGAGACUCUGCAGCAUUUAGCUUCUCAAGUUCAGGAUGCUGAGAAGGAUAAAGUUUUUUUUGAGACCAAAUUCAGUACUAGUUCAGAAGCAAUAGACUCUUUAAACCAGCAAAUGCGAGACAUGUCUUUAAGAUUAGUUACUGCUAAAGAAGAAAUCACAAGCAGAGAUAAGGAAUUGGAGGAGCUCAAACUCGAGAAACAACAGAAGGAAAUGUUCUAUCAAACUGAACGGUGCGGAACUGCCAGUCUCAUUGAGAAGAAAGAUGCUGUGAUAACAAAGUUAGAAACAACUGCAGCCGAAAGAAAACUCAACAUUGAAAACUUGAACUCCCAACUGGAAAAGCUACAUCUUGAGUUAACAACAAAAGAAGACGAGGUCAAAGACCUUGUUAGUAUCCAGGAGAAGUUGGAGAAAGAAAAGACGAGUGUUCAGUUGAGUGCAGAUGAACUGUUUGAAAAGCUUGUCAGCUCAGAGCAGGAGGUUAAGAAGCUCGAUGAAUUUGUCCACUACUUGGUAGCUGAGUUGACUGAAUUGGACAAAAAGAAUCUGACCCUCAAGGGAAAGUUUGAUAAACUAAGUGGCCUAUAUGAUACCCACUUUAUGUUGUCGCGAAAAGACAGAGAUCUUGCAUCAGAUCGUGCUCAAAGAUCGUUUGAUCAACUCCAGGGCGAGUUUUCUAGCAUAACUGCCCAAAAAGAAGCUCUGGAAUCAACGAGCAACGAACUAAGUGAAAAAAUAGUUGUGCUCCAGAAUGAUAAAGAGUCUUUAAUAUCUCAACUUUCUGGGGUACGCUGCUCUGCAAGCCAGACCAUUGAUAAAUUGGAGUCUGAAGCAAAAGGACUGGUUUUAAAGAAUGCUGAAACAGAAUCAGUGAUUUCGAAGCUGAAAGAGGAAAUAGAAACUUUAUUGGAAAGUGUAAGGACAUCAGCGGAUAAGAAGCAAGAAUUGUCAUUAAAGCUUUCAUCAUUAGAGAUGGAAAGCAAAGAGAAGUACGAGACACUGCAGGCAGAUGCACAUAGACAUGUUGGGGAACUAGAGACUUUGCAAAAAGAGAGUGAGAGCCAUCAGCUGCAGGCGGAUUUGUUGGCGAAAGAGGUGAACCAGCUCCAAACCGUCAUAGAGGAGAAAGGAAAUCUUAUCCUGCAGUGCAAUGAAAACGAGAAGAAUUUAAACCAACAAAUCAUUAAGGACAAGGAGCUACUGGCAACUGCUGAAACUAAGCUUGUAGAAGCAAAGAAGCAAUAUGACCUGAUGCUAGAAAGUAAACAGUUGGAAUUGUCAAGGCACUUAAAAGAAUUAUCACAGAGGAAUGACCAGGCAAUUAAUGAUAUCAGGAGGAAGUAUGAUGUAGAGAAGCAGGAGAUUAUUAAUUCUGAAAAGGACAAGGUUGAAAGAAUUAUCAAGGAGCUGUCCACUAAAUAUGAUAAAGAACUCUCAGAUUGCAAAGAAGAAUCAAAGAGGCAACUGCUGACUAGUCAAGAGGAACAUUCUUCUCUGAUUCUUAGUAUUCGGGAGGAACAUGAGAGUAAGGAGCUCAAUCUCAAAGCCAAGUAUGACCAGGAACUGAGACAAAAUCAGAUUCAGGCUGAAAAUGAACUAAAAGAGAGGAUAACGGCUUUGAAGAGUGAGCAUGAUGUUCAGUUGAAAGCAUUCAAAUGUCAGUAUGAAGAUGAUUGCAAGAAGCUGCAAGAAGAAUUAGAUCUUCAAAGGAAAAAAGAAGAGAGGCAAAGAGCUUUGGUGCAGUUACAGUGGAAGGUGAUGAGUGACAAUCCACCUGAAGAGCAAGAAGUUAACUCAAACAAGGACUAUUCACUUUCGUCGAUCAAAGUGAAAGAAUCUCGUCUUGGUGGUAAUAAGAGAAGCGAGCAUGCAACAGUGAGGACAGAAAAUGAUGAGGAACAGGACUCUCCUUUUGUAAAGACAAAAGUAACAUCUGUGUCAAAUAUAUUGAAGAAAGCUAGAAAUGUAAACACAGGAAGCGUAAUGAGCAUUCCAAAUCCAAAGCAUCAUAGCAAGGAACCUCAUCGUGAUUAUGACAUUGAAACGAAUAAUGGGAGGAUACCUAAACGGAGAAAAACAAGAAAUACGACAAUGUUUCAGGAGCCACAAAGACGCAGUACUAGGUUGACACCCAAAUUGAUGACACCCAAAAGCAUUGCCAAGGAAACAUCGAUGGCCGGUCAUCCUCGCUCUGCAAAUAUUGGAGACUUGUUUUCAGAAGGUUCACUCAACCCAUAUGCUGAUGAUCCCUAUGCAUUUGAUUGAAGUCUACCUCACAAAAACACUAACUCCAAGUGGAAUGAUCACUGAGGAGUAAGAAGAAUCACCAUGAAAAAAGUGGAAAGCAGUUCAAUCGUGCCGGUCGAAGCCAUUCAUAUAAGCAUAGAAUAAAACAAAACUAUCAGUACUUGUAUAUAUACAUAACUCAUACAUAUCUAGUUUCACAUUCGUGGCCUCGCUAACAUACACUAUCAGUAUCAGUAUCAGUAUCAGUAUCAGUACUUAUAUACAUAGUAAGAAAAUAAGAUAAGCUUGAUCUAACUCUUUUUUUUUUUUUUAAAUAAUGGGUUGGGCUCAUAAAAGGCCCAUAAUAGGAAAUGAGUACAUGACUAGGGGCCUAUGAUGUACAUGACUAGGGGGCCUAUGAACCUAAUUUAGAGGAACAUAUCACGGAGGAUUAGACGAACAAGUUUAUUAUUUU